AUGGGACAAAGUACAGCUUCAACGCCUUCCACAGUAGUAUUGGCCUUUGUCAUGAUUGAAAUUUCCAAGUUCACAACUUUAGACGAAUUAGAAAAAAAAAAAAAGAAAAAAAAAUUGUUUUUUCACAUAGUAUUGGAGAGGAACAUGGUGUUGCACCCACGCCAUUUCGGCCGUAACCUACGGAAAAAUCUGGUUUUCAAGCUCACGAAAGAUGUUGAAGGCACUUGUAAAGGUAGAAAUGCCUUUAUGGUGGUGAUAAUGGGUAUAAAGAACAUUGGGAAAGGUUUGAUUAAAGAUGGGAUAGGGUUUGUGACAUUUCAUAUGAAGUAUCAUUAUGUCUUAUUUAGACCAUUUAAAAAGAAGAUUUGGGAAACUGUUGUUACUAUGGUGAACAAAAUGGGAUUCUUUGCAGAAAUUGAGCCAGUUCAAAUUUUUAUUUCCAACCAUUUGAUUCCAAAUGAUAUGGAGUUUCAUUCUGAGGAUAUGCCCAAUUAUGAUAUUUUGAUGGAUAAAUAUGUUAAGACUCAAAAGGAUAGUGAAGUGUGCUUGAAGACAAUUGGAACUCGAGUAAAUACUAUGGAAAUUUUCUAUAAUGGAACCAUAAAGGAUGAUUUUUUAAGAGUGAUUAACAAUCCCACAACAAGUUAA